UGGGCCUUGGCAAAACAGUCACUGCCCAUGUUUGCAGUUUGGAUUUCCGCCCUAUGGCUGCAGCUGACCAGUCGAGUCAUUCGAGCCGGGUCGGAGUCCGAGAACAUGGUGAUUCCAGGAUGAAGCCACAGGGGCUGACAACAGCUGUACUUUGCUGAAAUUACUCUGGAUGUGAUUGAGGAGCAGACCUUUCUGAAGAGAGCCAUGGAAGAACCGGGGCCUCGAUAUGUUCAUUUACGACGCAGCUCUAUUGGCACCGUGACGAUUCCUCCUCACAUCCAGGAGAAUAGCUCUGGGGAGUUCAACAAACAGGUGUGGACGGGACAUCCCAAAGUCGAUCGGACCCUGUUCAUCAUGGACCGACAGGCUGAACACCGGCUGCGGGACGUGAAGAGCGUCGGCUCCCAAAAGAAUGCUCCGAUGCUUCGUGGCGUCGCUUGCUCCAAGAAGAACUACGGCUCCCGAAUUGGCCCAGAGCCCUUCGGCGAUUCCUUCCGUGCCAAGUACCUCAAUGGAGUGAAGAAGCAUCCAGUGGCCACGGCGCCCACAUCACUCAUGGACACCAUCUCAGAUUGAGGAGUGGAUGCAGCCACGAUUGCCCCCACAGCUGCUGCAAUGUUUCACCGGUCCAAAGAGCAAGAGCCUGCCUUGGAGUAGUUGCUCACGGAGGUGCUGAGUCAGG